AUUCUAAGAAUACUGUGUACUUACAGGGUAGGUUAAAUAAUAAUUAAGUGUAUCUCAAUUUAGCAUUAAACAUAACUUAUAGUUUAAGUUAACGAAGCGUUUACAAAGGGCAAAUGAAGCUAAAUUUAAUACAGUUAAAUACAGAGUAUUAUAUAUUAUAGUUACGUAAAAAUAUCUGAAAAGUAUUCUCUUUAUUAAAGUGGAUGGUAUGAAGUAAUAUUUAAGAAGUCAUUAAUUUAAAUUAAAGAAGGAAGUGUAAGUAUAAGAAAUGAUUUUCUCGUCAUUUAGUUUCUUAUCAUAUCAGAAAAAAUGUCAACGUUAUCCUGUCUACAAUAUUGCUUAUUAAAUAUAAUUCUUGAAGAUGUAUUUAAAAAUAUUUUUAAUGAUAUCUUAUAUCAUAAUGUAAAAUCGAUAGAAGUAUAGGAUUUUAUUUGAAAGUUAAUGCAACAUCUAGACAGAGUCACGGUAUAUAAUAUACUUUUAUAUUAUUUUUCAACUAUUGUUAAAAUUAAACAUAGAAUAAAAAGCCAUAAGAUCCAAUCGACAUUUAUUAAAGUAAAAGUGAAAAAUCCGUGCGUGGAAAUUUCAGAAUUGGAUUUAUCGUUUAAUGCAGGAUAUUAAUACGAGUGUUGGUUUUUCCCCCUGCAUUUUCAUCGAGAGAGAAAGAAAGAGAGGAGAGAAAGAGAGAGAAGAGGAAGAAACCAGGAAGGAUGUGCCAGGUGGGUACGAAUGCCGCAGCGUUCCCGCGGAUUGGAUCGAGCAGCAUCUCGGAAAACAAGAUGAGGCGAAUGAGACUAGCGACCGAUGUUCGAAAGCUCCGCCUGGUUUUCGGGCCGUCCCAAAUCUCUGCGACCCUCCAACGAAUGUAUCUUCGGAUGCCUCGAAAACGGCGCGCCUCGACAUCGUCGUUGGAGGAAUAUCCUUGCGAUGAAAAAUACAUGAAGGAUGACAUGGACAGCCGCGCACCUCGAAACGCUGCCAAUGCCCGAGAACGUGCAAGGAUGCGCAUUUUAUCCAAAGCUUUUUGUAGACUCAAAACCACUCUACCAUGGAUACCAGCUGAUUCCAAAUUAAGUAAACUGGACACAUUACGUUUAGCCGCAACAUACAUCGCUCAUCUGCGAGCAGUGCUUCGAGAUGACGGCGAUGCUCAUCCAGAAACCACCAAAUCCUUGUCGCUGGCCUUGUCAUGGCCAUUUGCUAUUCAAAGCAACAACGGAGCCACGCUUAUGAACAACAGUUGCAACGUGUCUUCCUCAACGUCUUCGAACUGUAAUCAGUAUAGAGGACAGCAAACGACUCAUGAUAUCCAAAACUUCCAUCAUUCAGGUCAUCAGGGCGUGUCCACACGCCAUAAUCAGGAGCAACAGCUCUCUUAUUACUAACAAAAAAAUUCUGACAAUCCGAUCAGAGCUUAACUAUGACGGACGAUAUCUACGAAGAGCUACCACCAGCUGGGUUAUAUGACGACGGCGUUGUCAUGUAUUCACGCUUUAUUUAUUCCAAAGUGCCUUACUCUAGUAUUUAUUGAUUUAAUCUUAAUGUAUAAUUAUGAUUGCUUCUCCAUUUGUGCGACAAGGAAAUAUUUAUGUCUUUAUAUGAGUUUUUCAUAUAUCAAAGACACAAUUUAUUUUGCAUAUUUUUAGAAGCUUUAAUAAAACAAAAUUAUAUGAUAAAAGAUAAUUUCUAGAUUCAAUAAAUAAGAAAGGAAAUAAAAUUGGGCUAUAUAAGCUGAACUGAUUAUUAGCGCUAAUUCUAUAUUGUAAUUUAAAUAUAAUAAUUAAUAAUAUAGAAAAUGUUUUAAUCUGUAAUGAGGUGAUCUUCGAUAUUAAAUAAAUAAUUAAUAACACUAUUAAAAUAAGGUAAUCUAAACAAAUUACGUCGUUAUAACU